AUGAUGCUUGUGUGACAAUAUCUUCAGCACCGGCAAGCGUCUUUACCCUUAACAUCGACAACUAUGAAGAUGGCCGGUCAAACGAUCUGGAGCAUCUUUUUUCUCGCAUGUUUAUCAUCCCUAACCAUCGGUGAAGAUGUCGUCACCAAGAGUUUCAUUACUCUUGAGAAAGAACACAACAUUACGGCGUGGAAGGAGGACGACUGGCUAGUGAACGAACCCGUUGGACCCCACAUCAUGCUCAAGCUCACUUUCGCUCUCAAACAACGAAACCUAGAAGCCUUAGAGAAGCUUUUCUGGCAGGUAUCUGAUCCACGAUCUGAAGAAUACGGCAAACACCGGUCCAUUCAAGAUAUUGCGACUCUUAUCUCCCCUUCUACGAAAACUAAGAUGGUCAUCAAGACCUGGCUGAGAAAAAACAUGGUUGAUUUAGCCAAAUGUACCUCAAUCAUCACCGAGGAUUUCCUCACAUGUGAAAUGCCUUGUGAAACGGCAGAGGCAAUGUUAAAGGGAGCAAAGUUCCACUACUUCAGUCAUACCAAAAUUUCCAGGCCAGUCAUUAGAUCUAUCUCACACUAUUCCGUUCCUGAGAAAGUGGCCCAACAUUUGGACUUUGUAGGUGGAGUCUUGAGAUUUCCAGCGGUAAACUGGGCAAGGUCCAAGGUCGUUGAACCAACCUCACCCACUUCUGAUGUUGGUAUACACAUUGGUGUCUAUCCCUCUGUUCUUCGUAAGUACUACAAAAUCUUGGACACAGUUGGAUCCCACCCAAACAAUAGCCAGGUAGUUGCUCAGUUCUUGGGACAGUUUUAUAGUCCUACAGACCUCUCUGAGUUCUUCAAGAUUUUUGGCUCUUCAUUCGUGCAUAGGGAUAGUAUCUCCAAGGUUGUUGGUCCAGACACUGGCCGUUCUGGAAUUGAGGCUAGCCUUGAUACCCAGUACAUCAUGAGCACAGGUGCAAAUAUUACCACAUGGUUCUGGAGUACAGGUGGUUGGCAUGAAAAGCAAGAACCCUUCCUUGAAUGGAUGGUCGCUAUUAGCAACAUGUCUCAAGUACCAUGGGUGCAUAGUAUUAGUUAUGGUGAUAAUGAAGAUUCUCUCUCACCUGACUACAUGAAGAGAAUAAAUGCAGAGUUCCAGAAGGCAGGGGUCCGUGGUUUGACAAUGUUGUUUGCCAGUGGUGAUGAUGGUGCAAGUUGCAUAGACAAUAAGAAGUUUCGUCCAUCUUUUCCAGCCUCAUCACCUUUUGUAACAACAGUUGGUGGAACGGCAUUCACAAACCCUUUCACUGCAAGCUCUGAAUAUGGCUAUGAAAUAAGUGGUGGUGGUUUCAGUAACAUCUUUUCUCAGGCAUCUUACCAAACAGAAGCAGUUGAGCACUACCUCAAGACUGGUCCAGACAUCCCUCCUGAUAGCUACUUCAAUAAAAAUGGCCGAGCAUACCCUGAUAUUUCUUCAAUCUGUAACCACUUUUGGGUCGUGAACAACCUUGUACCAGUUCCAGGAGUCCUUGGCACAUCAGCCUCAACUCCAUCUGUUGCUGGAAUUAUUUCCCUGCUUAAUGAUUUAAGAUUUCAGAAUGGUAAACCAUCCAUGGGAUUUUUAAAUCCAUUCCUGUACCAGAAUGCUGCAGCAUUAUUUGAUGUGACAACAGGGCAUAACGAAGGAUGCGACCCAGGAGAUAGAGGUUUUACGGCAUCAGAAGGUUGGGAUCCAGUCACUGGAAAUGGAAGCCCUAACUACCCACUGCUAGCCAAAGCAGCUUUAAAAUAAGCCAGAGGGCAGAGAAAUGGAAAAUACUUUGAAGACUUUUUGAUUUCUAUUUCUGACUUUUUCAACGAAUUAAUGCAAUUUCUUUGUAAAAGAAUCUUUACCAGCAAACCUUUGUAAGAGCUCUUUACCCUAAAUGCAAGGCAGACACCAUUAUUUUUCUAAAAAUUAUAGUUUUGAUAUAUUCAGUCACAAUAAAAUCACAGUUCAAGCACUUCAA